GUUCCUUUCACAACCACCAAGGGUCAGUUUCUGUCAGCAGGCACAGGUCUGUCACUCUGGGCCACUCACCACCUGCCAGCCAACCUGCAGGAAAUCCCCCCCAGGCUGCCGGAGACAUGAUCUCCAUCACCGAGUGGCAGAAGCUCGGUGUGGGCAUCACUGGCUUCGGCAUCUUCUUCAUCCUCUUCGGAAUACUCCUGUACUUUGAUUCGGUGCUCAUGGCCUUUGGAAACCUGCUGUUCCUGACCGGCCUCUCCUUCAUCAUCGGCGUGAGGAAGACUUCAGCCUUCUUCUUCCAGAGGCACAAACUUGACGGCACCAGCUUCUUCCUGGGGGGCGUGCUCCUGGUGCUCAUGCGCUGGCCUCUCCUGGGCAUGCUCCUGGAAGCCUAUGGAUUCUUCCGCCUUUUCAAGGGUUUUUUCCCUGUGGCCUUUGGCUUCCUGGGUAAUGUCGCCAACAUUCCCUUUCUGAGCGCGGGCCGUGACCAGGGAGCUGGGAGAGUGAGCCCAGGAACUCUGUUCCCUGCUGAGUUCCUGUUCACUUCCAAAGAGUCUCACCACCUUAGAGACCCCACGGAGCUCCCACUUGGCCCACGGAAGCAAGAUUCAUCCCUUCAAGGCCUCAACCCUUUGACCCUGGCCUCCAUCUUGCACAGGCCCCGUGGCUGACCUGCUCCUGCAUCCCUCUCCCGUCUCAGCCUCAGGACGCCCAGAGCUAGGACUGCCUCUCCUCACCAGGAUGCGCUCACUGGCUUGGUGGCCGCUGCUGCUGUCCCUCUGUGCCACCUGUUUCAGGGAAAGACCUG